CCACCCACGUUGACAUCACUUACACUUGGCCACUACUUUAAUGGCAAGCUUGUUCCAAAUGUGCUGCCAGAGUCAAUCACCACACUCACCUUUGGAUACGACUUUAACAACACUCUCGAUCCUUACGUGCUGCCAUCAUCAAUCACCCAAUUGACAUUUGGAUAUUCAUUCGAUCAACCAUUGGUCGAAGGCUCACUACCCUACUCACUACAAGAGUUAACAUUUGGAUACGAGUUUGACAGACCAUUGCCUCCAAAUGUGCUUCCACCAAACCUCCAAGUGUUGACUUUUGGUGUCGACUUCAAUCAAUUGAUUGACAAUGAUGUCUUGCCAUUGUCCCUCACACAUUUAACAUUUGGUAUAUCCUACAAUUGUCCAUUUGACGAGAGGACACUUCCGAGUUCACUACAAACGCUCAGGUUUGGUCUUCGCUUCAACGCGCCCAUCAGGCCUCGGCAACUACCUCAAUCCCUCACCUAUAUUUCAUUUGGAGACUACUUUUGUCAACCACUUCAAGAGCUUCCAGCCUCACUGGAGACACUUAUGUUUGGACCCUUGUACAAUCUACCCAUCUCUCCAACGUUGCUAUCAUCAUUAUCAUCACUCACCAACAUAUCAUUCGGUUACAAUUUCAAUCAUACUCUGCGCCCUGGAUAUCUUCCAGAAUCACUCACGCUGUUAAACUUGAAUGACUCAUACAACAGUGAACUUGAACCAGGUACUCUACCGAGCUCUCUGGUUAAAUUGACAAUUGGACGACAAUAUAAUCAUCCGAUCAAAGAUGGAGUGUUGCCAGGGUCACUCCACAAGUUGAAACUGGGACAAACGUUCAACAAGACAAUUGUAUUUCCAAACAAACUUCAAUCUCUCACAUUGGGCACACUACAACAAUUACAUUAUAUACGAUUACUAUCACAAUCAAUGCAGAAAUUGACAAUCAGAAUGGUCGAUCUACAAGAUGAUAUUCCAAAAUCAAUCACAAAUGCGCCAAGCAUCAGGGAGAUGAUUGCAUGGAUUGGCUUUGGCUCCAAACACCUGAAAGGGUCUCAUAGUCCUCAGAGACUCCAACAUCUCCAACGUGGACUGAUCAAAAAGAUGGUUCAAGCUCUACCCAAUGUUCAUAACUUUAGGAUCAACAAUAUGAUUGGGAUAGUUCCACUAAAUUGUAGACUGUUGGACAAGGAUCACCUACUGUGCGUGUCAUGGAGUCUCAUACCACAAGCUCCAAAGGUCUUGAUAUUGCCACUAUUGGACAAGAAGUCAUUCAGAUCAUUU